GAUAAUUGAACUGUUGGGGAGAUCGUUCACCGAGGCCUGUCAGCGAGGGGGGUGACACGACAUGACAUGUCAUGCCGUGUCAUGUGCGCAGAACUGUGAAGUUUGACGUGUAUCUGUCCUGCGAGCAUCUGAGCAUCCCGAACUCGGAUGUUGUACACGAACGACAUUUUGGCGCUCGAUCUCUCUCUCUCUCUCUCUCUCCCUCUCUCUCUGUGUCUGUCGCUCUCGCUCUGUGCGCGAAAACCUAAACUGCAAAUUGAAUUGGGCCGACGGUACUUUGAUGCUGUGCCAUCAUGCGGUUUCCAGCCGCAUGAUGCGAUGGUGGUUGAUGGGGUUUCGUGGAAGACAAGGUAGAAAUCAAGGGAUCGAGGGAACCAGGCAUCGAGGGAAUUAAUGUGACGCUCGACUUUGCGGCUCGAGCGAGCUCCGUUGCUCCGUCGAACUGAGCUGAAUCUCGCGCGGCACCCAAAUCUGUUUCUCGGAAGCUGUAAAAAGUGAUGGAAGAGGGGUUCAACGAGGGCUUGUAAAUCACCACUGGAUAAGUUAAGGGUGGGUUUUGCCCUCUGGCACGGGACGCUCGAGAUCUUUGUGGGGAAUUUGUCAGCCUAUGGCGGAUUCUCAUCCUCCUAGCGGGGCUGGAGUAGGACCGUUCAUGAAUCCCGUGCCGCCGUUUCCUCCACAACCAUAUCGUCAGGGUACGCCCCCUCCUCCUCCUCCCCCUCCCUACCGUGGUUUCGCCCCUAACCCUUCUGCACCUCAGGGAUUUUCUGCCCCUGGACAUGUUCAUCAUCACCAACAACCGCAACAGCACUACCAGACUCUCGGUCCGCGGUUUCCAGCACCUCCUCCUCCUCGUCCUCCGUGGGUCGGAUAUGGCUUUCAUGGUCCCCCACCGAGCUAUGGCCCUCAAGCGUCCCUUCAAGGUGGUACACCCGGUCCACCUGCGAAAAUGUAUCCAGUAACAACACCUGUAACCCAGAAUACUGGUGGUCCGCCGAGCAGUGGAUUUGGCCUGCAGAGGACUUCGAUCGACAAUCCAACCUCUCACAGUGGAUCCCUCGUGACAAGUUUAGGUCAUAGUACAUCUCUUCUACCGGGCACUGGAUUGAGCCACUCGAGGACUUCAAAUCUUGUUCAGUCCACGCACGAUACUCCCCGUUCAGCUCAGAGCAAUUGGAUCAUCAAUGUCGGAUCUCAGACCAACGGAUAUUCUCAAGCUUGGAAUUCUGCUCCUGGAACUGUUUCAUUAGUGGGAGGUACUUCAGCUGCUGUACAGAAUUCUGGAACUGCCGAAAGGGAAUACACAGACUCUGGAUCUAGUAGACCUGAUAGUGAGGAGGGAGUGAAUGUGGUGGAGAAGGCCAUUUCUGACUCUAGGAAGGUGGAGAAUGUCGAUUUGAAAGUAUUAAUUUCACGGAUACGAUUUCUUGUUUCAGAGGUCGAACAGGUUGCGGAGCAAUUUGGAAAUUUGCUCGCGACCGAGUCUAUCUCCGAAGAAACUCUCCUUGUGGCAUGUCCGUUUGAUCCUGCACACAUGAUUGCUCCGGAUGGUCUAUUUCAUCACUACUUGAGCUGCCCUUCCAAUCCGAAUCCUCCGUUGGAUGUGCAGUCUCUCUUGGCUUCUCUGCAGUACAGAACUUCCCCGAAAGGAAAUCUCAACACCACUGAUAGUUCAACUCCGGGAACGGAGAACAGCAAGAAGACAUCAGUGGAACAAUCUUCUGCUUCAUUAUCUUUUUCAAAGCCUGAAUUUGACAUCUGGGGUGGGCAAUUUUUCUACGAUGGGGCCCCUGCUGUGGUGCAGGCACCAUUGCACACUGUGCAUUCCCCUCAAAGUAGCAUCCCCCCCGUGCCUGGCAGGGAUGUUAUAGGACUAUUCAAGGUGGAAUCGGAUGCACUGGAGCCGAAUCGUUUCGGAGAAAUGUCCUUUCCGGCUUGUGCUCAGAUACUCCUUCCUUCAAGAUUUUUACUGCUAUCAGAAGAGGUGGAAUCGUGGAAGUUUCUGCCUUCUAGGUCUUCUUCCCUGGUCGCCGAGGCAGCUUCUGGACUUGAUAAUCUUCGCAAGUCAGUGAUUGUCAACUGGCUCCUGGUACAUUCUCCAGCACACGGUAUAGUUCUCGACUCUACCCUAGCGUGUCAUAUCUAUUCGUUAGCCAAACUUUGUUUCAAGGAAGCGAAUAAGCAGGCUACCGUACUUAUGGAUUCGACAGAGUACAAGCAAGUAAUUAUCAGGACUUUAGUCGGAUUGAAGGACACCGAACAACUGCAUCCAGCAGAAACAGGCGUAUCCCAGAUGUCACAAGAGAAAUUCGCUGCUAACGUACAGACUGAUUUAUCCAAGUCUGUCAGUUGUAGUGAGCUGAAAAGUUUCUGCCCAAAGGUGGGACUCUUAGAUUGUGCCCAGGUUUUUCGACCCAUGGAUUGGCUGGCGGCUCAACUAUGCCCUCUCUACGGACCCGCACAGAGCAGGAUUUUAUCCUUAAAUCUUUUGAAGCACUCAAUUAUCUCGUCAGCGCGCUUUCUCUUGUCUCGAGGCAUGAACUUCAUUGAUCGUAGGGUCUCCUUCUCAUUGAGAAACAAAGUAGAAGGUAGAUGUGAAAGCAAAGCAGCAUCUGAGAGUAAGGAAACUGAGAGCACGCAUUCGCACCCUUCUGGACCUGCUGUGAUUUUGGAUGACCCGCGAAGCCAUGAAGCGGUGGCGGUUGAAGCAUCAAAUCCUCAGAUUCUAGAAUUGGAGGCAGCCAUUUCUGCUGUAACGGAGCGGGCUGUUUUUGAGCGCUACUUGAGGACCCCACUGCAUUCCAGCAGAGUCUCAAAGUUUGAAAUGACGCAGUUAUAUCAAGCGGCAGUUCAAUUGGCAAAAGAAGAGCGAAUGAAGCGGCCAAAUUACAGAGCAGUUCUGGAGUACGACGGGCUGAUUUGGCAUCGUUCUCAGCUAGAGGACAAAAACAAGAACAAAACCAGGGAGGAAUUGCUGGCCGAGGAAAGGGACUAUAAGCGACGUCGUAUGUCAUAUCGCGGGAAAAAGCUGAAGAGGACGCCUACACAGGUGGUGAGGGACAUAAUUGAAGGGCACAUGGAGGAGAUAGUCUCUACAGGCGGUAUUGGAAGUUUUGGCAAGCAGUCUGAUAAAGUGGAGCCUGUAGAAACUCUGAUCAACCUGGAGAAAAAAUCUGUAGUGACCAAAGCUGCCAGUCUGACGGACGCGGAGCCAAGUUCGACCUUCUCAUCUGUUGGAAGAAACGCAUCUUCCGACGCGAAUGAGAAAGGAGGAAUACGGCGUGAGCAGUCCCGUAGUCAGCUAGAUUUGAAUGAAGGGUUCACACUGUUUCCCAAAACCAUGUCUGAGACUGAAGGUUUUGUUGGCCGGGAAGGUUUUGAGGAACAGCCCGAGCGUAGAUCCUAUCACAACAAAGCCGAUGCAGGCAGCAGGCGGUACUCGAAAUCCAGAACCGGAAGAGAAGACUCCAAAUACAUCGAUCAUGAUGGUGGCAAGUAUUCAAGUUUUAACCACCGCAAUAAAAAUGACGACUACAAGGAUAGUAGCCGGACAGGCAACGAGGCAUUGAAACGUAGGCCUUUUGGUCGUGAUAAUUAUCAGACUGAGAGGCUUUCCAGCAUUCUGCCGGAGAGGAUUGAAAGGGACUCACACCAAAGCUCCAGUCGUACUGGUGACAAAGAGGACAAACCACUCCGAGGUGAUCGACACACCGCACGUGAGGCACAAAGUAGGGGCACAAGGUGACAUGAGAGUACAGGGAAAAUAAAAUAACAUUGAGAAGAAUAAUCGAACGCACAGCGAGAAACUAGAAUGUAGAAAGGUCGAGACAGCCAAGUACAAGUGCGACAGUGAAGGAGAGCGGAAAGGACGACGAGAAGAAGCGAAUGAAGAUAAUGCUAUGAAUCGUGGCUGUUGAUCACCAUGGUGGGCGGAACAAGCGUCUGCGCUCUAUUCCAAAGAGGUUUGCUGUGAUCAUCAUUCACAUAUCGUUUGCGCUUAUUUCCUUCAAGCAGUUACCUCUAGCCGGAGUUGGCUAUGCUUGUCUCGUAUCCUUGUCUGUAUCCUCCAUUUGGGAACAUCACAAAUGCAGCUGAACUGGAUAGUCAGUGUUUGUGCUUCAUUGGCAUCAGACGUAUUUAGCCGUAAAGAGCGCUGUCUAGUUUUUUCUAAAUCUUUAUUCAUUUGCUGCUGCUACUACUAGUGAAGUAUGCAUCUUGAGGAGUGUUAUUGUACACAUACAAUUGGAGACAUAUCUCCAAGUCCAUGUCCAUGUUGGGAACUAACUGGUGCAGGAAGUUGGCGAAUAUGAAAGACGACCUUGAACUUCAAGUUUCAAGGUCAAUCCGAAAUCGCUGGAGUACAAUUCUGAAUUCCCCAGGCUGUUGUCCAAAACGUGGAAACAGCGUAUGUUUGCCUCCAACCAGGCUGCCUUCACUGCUGUUUCUGAACUGGUACUUUUAGUUAUUGUCAACGUUGCGUACUAGUCUCUUGUAUGACACCUUUUCUCGCUACGUCACGUCCAGGACCCGAAUGAUUAACGUCGUAUGGGUGGGAUAUGUACUACAUCAUGCUGCGUACAUGUCCCUCACCAUGGGCUCAAACUUGGGAAUUUAAAGUUCGCCGAUUGGUCUCGGAGUUUUUGCAUUAGAUCGAUAACUCGAAGUAGUACUGGUCGGUCAAAUGUAGCUCAACACCGGUAGGCCGAGAGAGCCGCCUUGCCUGGAUAUUGUCAAGAGUCUCCGAGUCUAGCCACGAUCAUUCUCUGUUCUUGACAGGGACGAUCUGGAAAACGGUAAAAAGAACUUAUUCUUUAUUUUUGGUAAACGCAGUAUCUUCGCGGUCGAUAGGUAGGAAUUUGGAAGAGACGGACGUGUGAAUUGUAGUACAAUACACUACUAAUAACGCAGAAAACGCAAAUCAAAUAUGAACUUUGUCAGUGUGCAGAGGUUCACAAAAAGUAUUUUUGAAAAACUUGAGCAGUUUAUGAGGAAAAUGGGUUCAGAUGUUGUACACUUUACUGACUGAGACGUAGAGUAUUAGUGGUUUAGUAGGAAGGGGCAAUCUCGAAGAGAGAUUUUAGGAGGGGUUGGCCGAAUGGAGGCGUGAAACGCUCAUCAAAACUUUUCUCGUUCGUUGAUCAGAUUGAAAAUUAUUUUAAUAAAAUAUUGCGUGUCGGUAAAGAGAAGACACGGUUGUCCACUUGGCCGUGAACUAGUUACCACCUUCGUUUCAUC